CUUUUUCCCGAUCCGUGAUAGUCCAACAACCUUCCCAACGGUUAAGAUAUGUAUCUCUAGAGCCAAGAAUAGGGUCAUCACGCACAUGCUCGCGUUCACGAUGUCAUAGGCGAAACCCGGCCUUAUCUCAAUUAAGACUGGAAAAAACCCGGAUUUACAUUUCUUACCUUUCUAUUACCAGAUACUACCACUGCCCGCGUUUUGGGUUGAAUGGGUUUAAUUCAAGUGUAUGACGAUGACGAUGGUCUUCCAUGAAUUAGGAUACCCCCCGAAGAGAAGUCGAGCUUGUUUUUGAGAGGUACGUCAGGACCUUGAUUCGGAAAGCGGAAUUAUAUCUGGAAAAUAUCGCUCGAUUUAUCCUACUAUUUUCCUCGACUAUGAUAAAGACCGUAAAACUCUGUUCCCCAGGUCCGUCGGUCUUGUCAUUGCGAUGAAGUCUGUCGUCCUCGCUUUGUUACUCGCAGGAUAUGCCUCCGGGCAUACCAUCUUCCAGAAAAUGUAUGUGAAUGGUGUCGACCAAGGCCAGUUGACUGGGAUUCGAGUGCCCGACUACGAUGGACCGAUUAUGGACGUCACCUCCAACGACAUCAUCUGCAACGGAGGUAUCAAUCCCUACCACCAACCCAUCUCCCAGGCGGUCAUCAACGUUCCAGCUGGCGCACAAGUCACCACCGAGUGGCAUCACACCCUCGGUUCGACCGAUGUACUCGACGCGAGCCACAAGGGACCUAUAAUCACUUACCUAGCUAAAGUCCCCAGUGCGACCCAAUCCACGGUCACCGGCCUCAAAUGGUUCAAGAUUUACGAAGACGGUUUCGACGCAUCCACAAACACAUGGGCUGUGGACAAGUUGAUCGCGAACAAUGGAAAAGUCACCUUCACGAUUCCCAAAUGCGUUCCGUCAGGCCAAUACCUGAUGAGGCAUGAAAUUAUUGCGCUUCAUGCUGCAGGCUCCUACCCCGGUGCUCAAUUCUAUAUGGAAUGCGCUCAAAUCAAUAUAACUGGUGGUGGAAGCGCUUCGCCUGCUACCGUCAGCUUCCCGGGAGCAUAUAAAGGCACGGACCCUGGUAUCACACUGAGCAUUUAUUACCCUCCUGUUACGAACUAUGUGAUCCCAGGUCCGAAGGUCUUCACUUGUUAAGGUUAUCUUUUAUCUGACUUGCUACUUAAUUUAUGUGGGUACGUAUUACGCAUUGACGAUUGAACCUGUGUAUUGUGGUCUUCCAAUUGAGC